UUGGGAGCGAGCGAGGCGGGCCGCGCGUCCCGUGCGAAGCGGUCGGCGGCGGCGAAAGUCGCCCUCGCCGCGGGCGUAGCCCGUCAUCGUAACGGGCGCGGCCUCACGGCAUGUGCGCCGCGGGGCGCGCGCCGAUCAGCUGAUUUUGCGAGCGGAGGCGCACGGACGUGCGCGCUUGUCAGCGGCGGGCGCGAGACUGUGGCGGCGACCCGCGCGCCUGCGCCGCCGUCCGCGGCCGGGGGUGAGGCCCGGAGGGGGGAGGGGCGCCCGUCGCCGGAUCGAUAA